AUGAUUUCUUUCGUCUCGUUCCCGGGGGUGGUUUUGGUGGAGGCUGCGGACGCAGCGCAGGAGGUGGGAAAAAGGAGCACGAGUGGGAGCGCUGCUACCAUCAACGAAGGGACGAAUUCAAUCGUGAAUUUCCACCGGCACCACCGAGAGGUGAGGAAACGUUUGCGAGAAAGGAAGAUGACGACGAAAGGACAACAAGAGGACCAGCGAAAAAAAGUGGAUUCUUCUUUGUCUUUGUCUUUGUCUUCUUCGUCGUCGUCGGAGAGGAAAGAGGAGAAGAACAAGAAUUUCGAAAACAACGAAAACAAUCUAGGCGUGGAAGAAAACGUGGGAAAAGAAGAGGAGACUUCGAACGACGCGAACGUCGUCCUCGUCACCGCCGGGGUCAACAAAGAAGAAGACAAAGACAAAGGAAAAAACAAAGAAGCAGAGGAGAACAAAAAAUUAACCUCUCUCUUCAAAGAGAUCAGCGCGCGACGCAGACAGGAAAUCUUAGCCGCGAUGACUGAUUUUGCAAAGACGGAAGCGGAGAAGAACGGGGAAACGUUCGCGGACGUGCGACCGGAAUUGGGCAAGACGCCGGCGGCGCUCGAAGAAGAGAAGAAGAUGAAAGAGUACGCGAAAGAUCCUUCGCUCGAACGGAAGGUGAUGAUUGAGAAAAUUAAGGAGGAGGAUCCGAUGAAUCCAAACGUACAUGCACCAAUACGAACGGACGAAGAUUCAAUCGUUAGAAUUGACUACGGGACGUACGAUUCGUGCGACACGUGCGAGUUGUGUCAUUUAGGAGACGCGCCGGUGGACGGCGUGGAGGUGAAUAAGCACCAAGAGAUUCGAGGUAAUCCAGGCGUGAGCAAAGAGGAUAUGGAGGAUGAAAGUAACGCGAAAAAGCCGGUACACUGCAAAGAAUGUUACGGGUGCAACGUGCGCCUCUCUCGGAUCAUAAAACGCGCGGAGUUUAAAGGAAAAUCGGUCCAAGUCUUCAGCGGCGCGAGCGGCGCCGCGAUUUUGAAAGGGAAAAUUUUGAAGAAAGAUUUUCUACUCUCCGACGACAACGACUUUAAGAAGAACAACGAUGAAGACGACGAUAAAAAAGACAAAAUCAGCGCUGGCGUCAAUCACCACGAAGAGUUAGAAGAAGCGGACGCGGAGAUGACCGUGUUUGUGAAGGCGUGGUGUAACUUUGGCAAAUACGCUCAAACGCCGGACAAUCCAAAGUCGGGCGUGCCGUCCAAAUGUAGCGAUUACGAUAAAAUUAAUUUAAGCAAAUACGGAGGUAAAUGUCACGUCCAAGGAGGACGAUACAGAUUCGGAGACUGUAACUUUAAGUUCAUCUCUUCUUUGGAUAAACUCGCCCACGCGGCGAAUUUAUCCUCCGUCGUUCCUCGAUCUUGGACCGUCGAGGUGAAAUCGUUCUUGCCGUGGGACGGCUUCUCCACGGGCGGACACAAAUUGCAAAAAGGUGUCAGAGCGCAAUUCUACGAGAAAGCCCCGGGCGUGUCUAUCGAAGCCGUUCUGGGUACUUUAGAUCCGACGGUUAACUUUGGCGCGUUCAAAAAUAUCUCCCACGAUAACGUUAUUCGCGCGGCGACGUUUGAUUUGCUCUUCUCCGAAUCCGACCGCCACGGUCAAAACGUCUUUUUCAGCGACGAAGGCGAAAUUACUUUGAUCGAUAGCGAAGGCGCCUUCGGCGAAUCGAACACCAUGCUCCUUCCGGGUCAUCAAAAAUACGAAAUCAAUCGAAUUGGAUUCUCGGCCAUAGUCGGGUGCGGGCAAAAUUGUCCGGGCGAGCCGAAACCGUCGGUCAGCCCGAUGGCCACUUUAGAUUACCGAUGCCACGUCCCUCGCCAAUACGUCGGUUUCGAGUUCCCAUCCGGCGUGGAACCUUUUUUGAAAAGAAUUCAGAGCAUGUCCGCAAAAUCCGUCGUCGAAGAGUUCAAAAUGACCCGAGAAGAACACGCAAAUCACUUGAAAAGAACCGUGGACGAAAUGCUCUCUCUCGGUUUCGAAGGCGCCAUGCUCUCCGCGCUCUCUCGCCAACGAGGCGGAAACGGCUACCCGAUCGGCAAAUAUGGCUUACAAUAUUGGUACCCAAUCACUAAAGCGUGCUGCGGCCUCGAAACGUGCCCGAUACACACCACUCGCAUGAAAGAAAAGAACAUCCGAGACGAUCUCGUGACGUUGAAAAAAGACGACCCGGGCGUCGAGGCGACGACGCUCUGGGGCGACCGGUACGAAGCGCACGCGACGACGUCUCCAGAACUCGGAUUGGAAAGAUUGAAGACGAAGGUUUUGUCCUCCUCCAAAUCGUCGGCGUAA